AGGGGCGCGCCCGGGGGUCGUGGACCGACCGGCUGCUCCCGCCUCCUUCCGCCCAAGUGGCGCUCUCCCGCGGCUGCGCUAGCCCCGCCACCCAGGAGACAAAGCGCCACCGCUGCCGCCGCCACCCAGCGGGUCCCGGGCCAUGGCCGGGCCGCCCCGGGGCCCCGCGCCUCCCGUCCCGCCGCUGCCGCCACCUCCCUAGGCUGCACGGCGAGGUAAGGCCGGCCUGGCGAGGGGGGGGACCUGCGGGUGGCCCUGCGAGGGGACGCGAGACCGGGCUCGAGCCGUCGUGGGCCUCGGGAUCCCCGGCUGUCUGGGAGACCUCUGCUGGAGAAAGCUGCCCAUCUGCGAUAACACGCCACUGGUAUCUGAGCAUCAACUACAUGCCAGGCACUGGAAUUCAGGCAGGAAACCCCUGCCCUCCCAGAGUAGGCAGAGACGACUCAGCACCAGGCUCGGCACCUUCUACAGAGUCACUGUCAUGUCGCAACACCCUGAUGUAGGUGCUGUCAUGAUCCCAUCUUACAGAUGUGGAAAAGGAGGCCCAGAGAAGCUUAAAGGUUUCCCGGCUCACACGACCCGAACACUACAGAGCUGACAUCUGAACCCAGAGAAGAGCAAGCCGACACCACACUGGGCAGAGGGCAGGGAGGCAAGUGGUGGCCUGAGAGGAAGCCUUCCUUGACUGCUCCGGCAAGUUAGAUGAGGUGGAUUCAGUUGGGAGCAGUCGUUCCCCUCUGCUCUGGGUCAGGUUGCCUGGUUUGGCAGAUGCUCCCAAGAGAGUCACCAGCCAUACCUCAUUCCUCCAGGCCCUGAGGACAGGCCCCUGCGCCCGGCCGCCAUGAAGCUGAACGAGCGCAGCCUGGCCUUCUACGCCACGUGCGACGCGCCGGUGGACAACGCGGGCUUCCUGUACAAGAAGGGCGGCCGGCACGCGGCCUACCACCGCCGCUGGUUCGUGCUGCGCGGCAACAUGCUCUUCUACUUCGAGGACCCGGCCAGCCGCGAGCCGGUGGGCGUCAUCAUCCUGGAGGGCUGCACGGUGGAGCUGGUGGAGGCCGCCGAGGAGUUCGCCUUCGCCGUGCGCUUCGCAGGGGCCCGGGCGCGCACCUACGUGCUGGCCGCCGAGAGCCAGGCCGCCAUGGAGGGCUGGGUGAAGGCGCUGUCGCGGGCCAGCUUCGACUACCUGCGGCUCGUGGUGCGCGAGCUGGAGCAGCAGCUGGCCGCCAUGCGGGCCGGGGACUGUCCGCACCCGCCGCGCCGUCCGCGCGCGCUCCCGCCCAAGGAGAACGGCUGCGCCGUGUGGAGCGCGGAGCCCGCGGCCGCCAGCCCCGCCCCCAGCCCCGCCCCCAGCCCGGCGGGCGCCUCCUCCACCGGCUCCCGGCCGGGCGCCGCGCCGCCGCCUCUCCCUCCCCGGCGGCGGGCCUCGGCGCCCAACGGGCCCCUCCGCGCUGGCUCCUUCGCCCAGCUGCACGAGCUGUAUGGGCAGGAGGUGAGGGCGCUGAGGAGCCAGUGGCUCAGGAGCCGGGCCCAGCCCUGACGUCACCCCAGUGGUGGGGGAGCUGGUUCCAGCUGGACCCCAGCCCCAGGCCUCGCUCUGACAGGCCCUGCCCUGGGAGACCAGGGUGGAGGGGUUCCUGAGGGAAGUCGGGGUGGCCUGUUUUCCGGGACCCGGCUCCGAGGGGUGCUUUAGAACUGUGGGACUCAAAGGGGGCCCUGUGCCUGCUUCUAGGGAGCCUCCGGGGCCUCGGUGAGCCUCAAGAAGCCGGAGUCCUGGUAUCCAGGGAACUCUGGCCCCAAGCGGGCCGGAGUCACCCAGCAAAGGCCUGUUGCUGUUAACAGGCCCCCACUGGGGUGACUGGGACCACGUGAGGAUCUGGGGCCUGAAAGGCAAUGCCAACUCAGCCCUGGUCCUGGCCGCUGGGACUGGCCCUGGACAUGGACAGAGAGAAGCCUUGGCCUUGCAGCACCACACCUGGGUCUGACCUUUUGCUCCAGGGCCUGGCUCCAGGCCGCCUUCCUGACUCCCCAGUUUUUCAUGCAGGUUUUCAUGCGCGGCCGGUGCGCUGAGAUGGCCUGCUCCCAGGGCUCUUGGCUUGCAGUGGGGCCGAGGCAGGACUUUGCUCUGGGACUCAGCCAGGCCUUGACGAGGUACUGCUGGCACAGCAGCGGCCCUCUGGUUUGGGCCAUGCGUGUGUCCCUGUGGUGGUUCUCACAUGCCUUCCCGACACUCCUUAACCACAUACUUCAGUCUCCUUCGGAAGUGGGUCUUUUGCCCCAGCCUGGGCUGGGGCCUCUCAGGAGCUCGCCUGACCUUGUCCAGCCCUGAGCUGGGCAGGUGUGGCCUGAGCUGACUUUCUAGCCGGGUUCCCCAGGGAUGGGUGGCCAGGAGCUGACUCACCACCCAGAAAGGGCCUGGGUGCUGAUCUGGUACUGCAAAGAAACAGCUGCCAUGCUGUGUUUGGCUUCUGGAAGCCCCUCACUCCACAGUCCCGGUCCACCUCCACCCCCAAUAUUCUGAGGGGGAGACCAGGUCUUGCUUUGCUUCGAGGCCGACUGCUGUUUUACGUACUCACCACAGUGGCCAUUCUUCCAGGGAGAAUCUCGGGGGGCUGGGACACCCCUGACCCUCAAGCUGGGUUUUGUUUACAGUCCUCAGUGCCCCACACUGGGGACCAACUGAGGACAGAUAUGCCCCAACCUGUAUUUCCCCAGAGGGUCCCUCUUGGUGACAGUGGGCCUUGGUCCUGAGGCCCCUUCCUGCUGUCUUUGGAGACCCUGGGGCUCGGGGAAGAAUGGGGGGGGGGGUGUCUGUGUCUGCAGUCACCAGCUCACUGCUGGCUCAGUUGACUGGGUCUUCAGUUUUAAUUUAAUUUUUAAUACUUUAGGGUGUUUUCCCCCCAGCAACAGAUACUGGUGUUUUCACUGCUUUUGUUUCUUGUUAGCUGGUGGGAGGGGAUGAGGUGCCCCAGCUCUGGGCUGGCUGAGGGUCGGCGGCGGGCAGUUGGCACGGCUCCCAGGGAGAGGAUCAGGAGCCUGGGCUGGAGACCGUCACCUCAAGAAUCUCACCUGGUUUUCUACCUUCUUCCCAGUCUCUACACGUCCUGUUCCACUGACAGGUGCCUCUGGGGUGUUCCUACGCUUCCUGUGCCCCUCCUUUCCAAGUCGGAGUGGAGGGGGUAGGGAUGGCUGCUGUUGUCUAUAGGCUCUGGGUCUCCAGGGAUGUUAAGAUCUGCCCAGAGCCCAUGUACUGGCCAGACCCAGCUGGUGGGUGAGGUGUCGGCCCCCAUCCUGGUACAGGUUUACAAGCUCUGUAAAGGUACAGUGCCUACCACUGCUCCCCUUUUCCACCCCAUCCCCCCCAAAAAAAGCACAAGAUGGGGUCAGGCUGCCUCCAGAGUUGGGUGGGGACAGAGAUAUCAGGCAGCCUGGGAGGGGCAUGUAAAGGCUAAAAU